AUGAGUUCAUAUACCUCAAUACAUGCCCAAACUUUUGGCUCCGAUAACUGGUGUUUAAGCUUGCAACCACUCUACAGCCACGCUUUGUUGACGAGUUUGAGCAAUGGGGAAGUCCAUCACCUGGACUGGGUUACUGGUAAAUCGAAGGCGGUCGACCAGGCUGGUACCAGCUCCAUCAACAAGUUAAAGAUCAUCAAUGCGGAUUUCCAAGGCGGUUCUCAAUAUGCGGUAGCCUCUAACGACUCAAUUAACGUCUUUGACAUCAGAUCGAGAGAUAGGCUUGCCAGACUGAAAAACGAGAAGAAUGCUCCCUUUUUGUCCCUUGACUCUCGCCAUAACCUACUGGCAUGCGGCACUGAACUCACUGGUGUCGACGCUGAAGUGCACAUCUAUGACAUUCGGAAUUGGAAGACUCCAGUGAGAAGCUUCAUGGAUUCUCAUCAUGAUGACGUUACAGAUAUUCGAUUUCACCCGAGCGAUUCCAAACUUCUCUUGAGUGGAUCUACCGAUGGCUACACGAACGUUUAUGAUUUGACACAGCAGGACGAGGAAGAUGCCCUCCACCAAGUGAUCAACUAUGCCUCCAUACAUUCUUGUGGUUGGCUGGCGCCAAGAAGAAUCUACACCCUUUCUCAUAUGGAAACGCUGGCCAUCCAUGAACUUAAUGACAAAAGUGACGAGUCCCGGGAGCCGCAACCGAAUGAUUUCGGAGAUGUGAGAGACAAAUGGGGAUGCAACUACGUGGUCGACAUAUAUCCAGGAUAUAUCGCCGUCGGAGGCUCUCAGCAAGAUGCUGGCUUCUUGAAGAUAGUGCCUUUUGAUAACGAAAAGUCCGAUUUGAAUAGAGCAUUGACAAUAACAUCCGCACAUGGCGAUGACAUUGUUAGAGAUGUCCUUGUCCCUCCACAGAAUCCAGAUAUCUUGUACUCAUGCGGUGAGGAUGGAACAGUGAAAACCUGGAAAAUCAGCAAUAGCACUUACCAUCCGAGAUCCGAGUUUUGGAACUAUUCAAUAAAAAUGGACCUCUUCAGCUCAGAAGAGAACCACAAGGAGCCGCCACUGACAAAAGAGACUUUUGAACAUCCUUCUAGUCAAAGUGGUGAACAGCAGGAAAACAAGAGAACGAGAGAGAAAAGCAAGAAGCACAAAAAAUCCCACCGGUACAAGCCAUAUUGA